AUGAGGCCAUCAAUUGCCCGCACAAGUGAAAUGCCCGGUCGUGCGUCCUCUCUCUCUUGGUGGGGCGCCCCAAUCAUAAAACAGAAGGGAAUUGUCGAAUACACUUUGUCCCCUUACCAAACCAAGGCUGCUCCCCACUGGGUUCGAAGCUACGUCUUCAACUUUUAUAGGCGUGUAUCUGCAGAAGCCGUGUAUUUUGUCAUUCCUUUCGGUCUUGGCUACGGAAUCUACGCCUGGGCCAAGCGUCAUGAUGCAUACCAAAAUUCUAAAGCUGGACACAUUGCGUCCGGAGCCGCUCACCAUUAA